UGGAGCGAUGGGCCCAGACUUGGCGGCUGGACCGCUUGCUCGCUCCUGGCCGCGCGGUGCCGGCCAGCGCUGCCCCGCCCUAGCCGCUGCCUUUGCUCGAGGAGCGCCGUCCGCUGCAUGCGCUUGACGCUGGACCACGGUCCUCCUGUCCCGGGUCGCACAGCUGUGGUAGACUUGAGGUUUAACAGACUAGAAAUUUCUGGGAGUGCCUUCAAGAAACUCAAGAAUUUGAACACUCUUCUCCUGAACAAUAACCAAAUCAGAAAGAUUUCCAGAAAUGCUUUUGAAGGACAUGAAAAUUUGCUAUAUCUGUACCUGUACAAGAAUGGAAUUCAUGCACUUGAUAAGCAAACAUUUAAAGGACUCAUAUCCUUGGAACAGCUGUAUAUUCAUUUCAACCAAAUAGAAACGCUACAGCCAGAGACCUUUGGAGAUCUUGUGAAAUUAGAGCGACUAUUUUUGCAAAACAACAAAUUAUCUAAAAUCCCUGCUGGGAGCUUUUCUCAUCUGGAUUCAUUAAAGAGACUGCGUCUGGAUUCCAACACUCUAGCCUGUGACUGUGACUUGGCGUGCUGGUGUGACUUGGCGUGGCUGGGACUCAUGCCGAGCUACGCCCGGAACGGCCAUGCCUAGGCUGCUGCUAGGUGUGAGUAUCCGAGGAGACUUCGUAAUGCGGGGGUCGCUGCAGUCACAGCAGAGGAGUUCUACUGUGAAAGUCCUUGAAUGACUCUUGAGCCCCAAGAUAUGGAGGUAACCUUGGGGAAUACUGUCUGCCUCACCUCCCGGGCUGAAGGAAACCCCAAACCUGAAAUUAUCUGGAUACAUAACAACCAUUCAUUAGAUUUGGAAGAUGACACUUGACUUACUUUGUUUGAUGCUGAGACACUCAUGAUCUGGAACACUCGCAAGUCCAAUGAAGGGGAAUAUCGGUGUCUGGCCAGAAACCCAGCUAGGGAAGUCAAGACGCGGAAUGCCCUGUUCGGAUACUCCAGUCUUCCAGCCAAGCCUAGUUUUGUAAUCCAGCCCCAGGAUGCAGAAGUUUUAAUUGGCACCAGCACAACGUUAGAAUGUAUGGCCUCUGGCCACCCACACCCCCAAGUUACUUGGACCAGGGGCGAUGAGGCGCUGGAUGGAGCCAAGCACCUGGCUACUUCUGGAGGACUUUGCUUGCAGAACAUCGCACUGCAGGAUCAUGGUCAAUUUACCUGUCAUGCCAACAAUGAUCAAGGCUCUGUUCAAGCUACAGCAAACAUAAUUGUACAAGCUCCUCCACAAUUUACCGUGAGCCCCAAGGAUCAAGAGGUGCUAGAAGGACACGCUGUGGAAUUUCUCUGUGGAGCAGAAGGCCGGCCUCCUCCAAUAACUGUCUGGACAAAAGCAGGAGGGUGGCUCCCUCGGGAAGUUCAGCAUGCAGUUCUCUGCUCUGGCACUUUGAGAACUGACCACGUAGCACAUAUGCAUGAUCAAGGCCGGUGUGAAUGUCAAGCAGUUAGUCCAUUGGGAGUGAAAAAAGUGUCUAUCCAGCUGACUGUACAACCCAAAGUUCUUCCAGUGUUUACUCAACUACCUGAGGAUACAAGUGUAGAGGUUGGAAAGAAUAUAAACAUUUCAUGUCAUGCUCAGGGAGAACCAUAGCCCAUAAUUAUUUGGAAUAAGGCCAGUGUUCAGAUUACUGAGAGUGGUAAAUUCCACGUCGGUGGUGGAGGCAUGCUAACCAUCUAUGACGCAGGGCAUGCUGACCAGGGAAGGUACGAAUGUGUGGCUCGGAGUCCAUUUGGCCUUGUUGUGGCCAACAUGUUCCUCACAGUCAUUGCAACACAGGGUAGACAAGCUGGAGAUGACUUUGUUGAAUCUUCCGUUUUUGAUGCUGUGCAGAGGGUUGACAGUGCAAUUAACUCCAUGAGAAGACAUUUGUUUUCAAAAAAACCUCGCACCUGUAGUGACCCGCUGGCUCAGUUUCGUUAUCCGGAUGACCCAUUUACCGUGGAGACGGCGAGAGCGGGGGAGAUUUUUGAGCACACACUUCAGUUGAUCCAGGAGCACUUGAAGCAGGGACUCACUGUUGAUUUGGAGGGCAGAGAAUUCCGCUACAAUGACUUGAUGUCCCCGCGCUACCUCAGCCUCAUCGCAAAUUUAUCUGGAUGCACAGCUCACAGGCAUGUGCCAAACUGCUCUGACCUGUGUUUCCACGGGAGGUACAGAACCCAGGACGGAACGUGUAACAACCUGCAGCGCCCCACGUGGGGUGCGUCGCCGACCGCCUUUGAGCGCAUCCUGAAACCGGCCUGUGAGAACGGCUUCAACUCACCCCGCGGGGCUGGCCGCCACGGCCUGUCGGGUCGGUAUCCCCUCCCGCUGCCCAGGCUGGUCUCAACAGAGCUGGCGGCCACGGCGCCUGCCAUCCCCGACGAGAGACACACGCACAUGCUCAUGCACUGGGGCCAGUUUCUAGACGACGAUUUGGAGCACACGGUGCCUGCGUGGAGCACGUCUCGCUUCUCGGAUGGGCAGCCCUGCAGCUCCGCGUGCACUAACGAUGCUCUUUGCUUCCCCCUUGUCACUCCUCACACCGCCCCCCGGGGCACCGGAGCGCCGUGCGUGUUCUUUGCACGCUCCAGCCCCGUGUGUGGCGGCGGCACGGCCUCCUCGGUGACGAGUUCAGUGUCCGGCCGGGAACGGAUUAACCAGCUCACAGCUUACAUUGAUGCCGCCAAUGUUUACGGCAGCUCAGAGCGGGAAUCCCAAAUUCUCAGAGACCACUCAGCGCCCCGGGGACGCCUGAAGACAGGCUUACCUUGGGCCCCCUCCGGAAAGCACUUGCCCUUUUCUUCAGGCCCCACCCAGGCCCAGUGCACAGGACCCGAGCAGGACAGCCACAGCCCCUGUUUCCUGGCAGGGGACCACAGGGCCAACGAACAGCUGGCUCUCAGGGCCAUGCACACCCUGUGGUUCCGGGAACACAACAGGGUUGCUGCGGAGCUGUCCGCCCUGAACCCCCACUGGGAUGGAGACACCCUUUAUCACGAGGCCAGGAAGAUUGCAGGCGCGGAGCUGCAGCACAUCACCUACGGCCAGUGGCUGCCCAAGAUCCUGGGGGAGCCCGGCAUGGAGAUGCUGCGGGAUUACCAAGGCUACGACCCCAACGUCAACGCAGGGAUUAUUAGCUCUUGCUACUGCAGCCUUCAGAUUUGGCUGAAUCCUAUUCUUUAUGGACUGAAUGGCAUCUUCGGUGAAAUCCCCGAUGGCCACCUUCCACUCCACAAAGCUUUCUUUUCACCAUCCAGAAUAAUCGAGGAAGGGGGGAUAGAUCCACUCCUUCGGGGGCUAUUUGGCGUGGCCGCUGAACUCCGGGAGCGCUCCCAACUGCUCAGCUUGGAGCUGACCCCGCAGCCGUUCUCCAGGGCGCGUGCUCUGGCGCUGGAUUUGGCUGCCACCAACAUUCAAAGGGGGCGAGACCAUAGGAUCCCUCUGUAUGUUGACUUCAGAGUUUUCUGCAAUCUGACUUCUUUUCAGAACAUUGAAGAUCUUCAAAAUGAAAUUAAAGGUUCAGAGAUUAGACAAAAACUGAAAAACUUGUAUGGCACUCCAGGCAACAUUGACUUCUGGCCCACCCUCAUGGUUGAAGACCUGAUCCCUGGUACGAGAGUGGGACUGAGACUUAUGUGCCUGUUUGUUACCCAGUUUCAGUGGCUAAGAGAUGGAGAUAAGUUCUGGUAUGAAAGCCCCGGAGGGUUUACUCCCACACAGCUCACUCAGCUGAAACGGGCGUCGCUGGGCCACGUGGGCCGCAUGCUCUGUGACAACAUUCGGCAAGUCCAGGCUGAUGUCUUCGUGAAGGCGGAAUACCCGCAGGAUUACUUGAGCUGCAGAGAUGUACCAAAGCUCGAUCUGCGCGUGUGGCAAGACUGCUGUGAGGACUGUAGGAGUACAGGACAGUUCAGAGCAUUCACACAAGAAUCUCGAAAGAAACUCUCAGUUCAGUACAGCUAUCCUGACAAGAAAGAUGUGGACUUAAGUGAUCUAAUUAGUAGGGAACAAGAUAAUUUGUAUGUGGAUGAAGAUGGUAGAAAUAUGAUGCUUAUGGCAAAACCAAAAUUCUCCUAGGAUUUCAGCAGUUUUGCAGCAGAAAUUCAAAAAACCAGCAAAGAUCUCAGAGAGUAGAUAAACAAGCUGGAGGCCGGCCUUCGGCAAGCAGGAUGCACAGAUGACAAUGGGAUUCGCAGGAAGCACAGCGAACACUGGAGGAAAGAAGCCUGCAUUACCUGUACCUGUAAGAGUGGCCAGGUCACCUGUAUGGUGGAGACUUGUCCCCUGGCUCCGUGCUCUAGUCAUGAAUUGGUGAAAGGAAGCUGCUGUCCAGUGUGCAGAGACCCCCGACUGCCAGCUGACUCCCCAGAGAAACGCUGA